AUGGCCGACCCUCACUUGGGAUACAUUAUUCCCAUAGCAAACAGUGAUAUCUCGAUCCUUGAUGGUAAAAGGGAUUACUACACUUUAAUUACUAUCACUUCAACAAAUCCACAACAUGGGUGUUUACUAUGUCAAGAGAUCACUCCAGUUCUCGCUAAAGUCUCCAAAUUAUGGCAUGCAGAUUAUUCAGCGUCCAAUUUCCUACAUUUUGUCACUGUGGACUUGAAUGACGAUACAAACAAACCGAUUUUUAGGAGUUUGAAUGUGGGAACUGUGCCGCAUAUAUGGAUGGUGCCGCCAAGCUCUGUCAAUGAAAAUCGUGAAAAUCGUGAAAGUGGUGAAAGUGAUGAGGAAAACAGGACCAAGUUUGACUUUCAUUCUGUUCCCUUUGAUGAAUUUGCUAUACCUAAAGGCUCACAGCAUCAACAAGUCUUGGCGCUUGCAAAAUUCAUAGGACACCAUACACAACAUACUUUGAUGAUCAGAGAUGAAAACGCCAUGGAAAAGUUUAUUAAGACAUUUAUCGUCGUGUUUUCCGUGGUUGUAUUGAUAAAGAAAAAGGGACCCGAGAUGAUCACAAGUGUCCCCAAAAGAAUGGUUAUAUGCUUCCUUGCAAUCAUUGCUAUACUUCUAUUUACAGCCGGGUAUCAAUUUACUGUACAGAAUCAAGUGCCUUUUAUUGCAAAGUCAAACAAGGGCGAAGUAGUGUUUAUUUCUGGUGGGAUGCAGUAUCAAUUUGCGGUGGAAGUGGCGAUUGUGGCAAGACAAUACCAAGUCAAUGAGAAAAUGGAUAUCCAUAUGAAUUGA